UUAUUAAACUCACUAGUUACUAGUACCAUACUACUCAAAUAAAUAAUAAAACUAUUUUCAUAUUGAUCAUUAUUAUUCCAAACAAUCUGAUCAAACUCAAAUGGCUGCUGAAACAAAGUCAUCAUCAUCAUCACCAUCAUCAAAAAUAUUCCUCAUCACAAUAAUCUCCUUCCUUCUUCUUCUUCAUAUUCCUUGCUCUUAUUCCAAAUGUAGUGACAAUGAAUUUGGUAACAAGAAGUGUAAAAAGAUGAUGAAAAUCAAAGGGUUGUUUGUGUUUGGAAGCUCUCUAGUGGACAAUGGCAACAACAACUUCAUAAACAACUCUUUGGCCAAAGCCAAUUACUUGCCCUAUGGCCUAGAUUUUCCUUUGGGGCCAUCAGGGAGAUUCACCAACGGCAAGAAUGUCGUCGACCUCAUCGGCGAAAAGCUUCGCCUUCCUUUCAUCCCGGCUUUCGCCGAUCCCUCCACCAAAGGGAGGAGAAUUGUUCAUGGUGUUAGUUUUGCUUCUGGUGGCUCUGGCAUUCUUGAUGACACUGGCUCCAUAGCGGGCGACGUAAUAAGUCUACGAGAACAAAUUCGAAACUUGGAGAAAAUAACUUUGCCGGAACUCGAGGGCGAAGUAGGGUGCAAAAGCAAGCAAAUUUUGAGAGAUUACCUAUUUGUGGUGGGGAGUGGCUCCAACGAUUACUCCUUCAACUACUUCCUCACAGGCCUAAACAAAAGAGUCACACUCCAAGAUUUCACCACAAACCUUACUCUUUCCCUAUCACACCAUCUCAAGAAAUUAUACAGAUUGGGAGGUAGAAGAUUUGUAUUAAUGUCCAUAAACCCAAUAGGGUGCAGUCCCAUGGUAAGAAUAAUGGUCCAACCAACACAAAAUCGGUGCAUACAAGGGCUCAACCUUGCAGCUCAACUCUUUAAUAGUCACUUGAAGUCAUUGGUGGAUACCAUCAAGCCACAAAUGCCAGGCUCCACUCUUGUUUAUGUUAACUCUUACAAAAUUAUCAGAGACAUCAUCAGAAACCCUUUCUCAAAAGGUUUCGAAGAGGCUAGUAAGCCUUGUUGUAAAGUAGCAUCAUUGAGUGAAGGAGGAAAUGGAGUGUUGUGUAGAAGAGAAGGAGAAGUAUGUGCAAACAGAAGCAAUCAUGUCUUCUUCGAUGGAUUGCAUCCAACCGAAGCUGUCAAUGUUCAAAUAGCUAAUAAAGCAUAUGCUUCUACUCUUCCAACUGAAGUCUAUCCCAUCAAUAUUCAACAAUUAGCUCAAAUUUAUUAGUUUACUAUAUUAUUAUGUUAUAUAUAAUAAUAGAUUUCAGUCUUUAGUUUUAGUUUUAAUUCAGAUUUUAAAUAGUUAGUGGUUAAGUACGAAUAAUGGUUACAAUGUUAUUAGUUCGUAAUUAUUAUCGAUUUGAGAAG